CGCCGGCGACAGCUGACGCGCAGUCUGCACGCUUCCCCCGGCGAAGGUGCCGGGCUUCAUCGGAGGCGCCGCCUCGGCAUCCCGACUCUAUUGCUCCGAUGUCCAACGAGCACACCGUGGAAUUGCAGGCUCCAGCCAAGCCAUCAGUGGUGUCCAGGGACCGCUACUCCGUGACGCUGUCCUGGAAUCCUCCAGAGGGUCUACAGGCGGGCAAUGGAGAUCGCUCCAUCGUCUACACGUUACAGAUGCACGACCGCGUUCGGGGCUGGGUUACUGUAUACUGGGGCCACAGAACCCGCGAGCAGGUGCGAGACCUGCCCCCUGGAGGAUGUGCCCACUUCCGGCUGCGAGCUUCCCUUGACGACCGCCACAGCCCCUGGGGCGCCACCUUUGCCGCUAGCACAACAGAGGACCAGGUGGCGGUGGUGAAACUCGAGCGUGCAGUGGCUGCUGGCAAGACGGCCGUCGUCAAGAAAGUGCUCGCAUCCAGGCCCAGUGCAGCAGAGCUGAUGUCACGCGGUGGUGUCUCGCCGCUGGCGCAAGCGUCGCUGCGUGGCGACGCGCUCACCGUGUCACUGCUGCUGGCUGCGGGCGCAGACGCGGACAGGGCGGGCGGCGGCGCCGGCCGCACGCCGCUCAUGCUGGCUGCUGCACAGGGGCACCUUGACGUCUGCACCAUGCUGCUGGAGCGUGGCGCCAGCUGGGAUACCAAGGACUGGAGCGGGUGUACGCCGCUACACUACGCCGUCGACGCUUCCCAGCUGGACGUGGUCCGCCUGGCUCUCGACAGUGGCGCAGACAUCGACGCUCGCGACAACCAAGGCUGGACACCCCUGAUGCGCGGAGUGUCUAUGGAGAGCAGCGAAGAGGUCCUGCGGGAGCUGGUGGGCCGCGGGGCAUCCCUGGACGCCGAGGACCGGCGCGGGCAGACGGCGCUGAUGCAGGCCGUGCUGGCGACGCGUCGCGACGCCGUCUCCAUACUGCUGGCCGCCGGGGCCGGCCGCAAGCGCAGGAACCUCUACGGCAACACCGCACUGGACAUGGCGCGCGCCAGGAACCUCAAGGAAAUCGUCCGACUGCUGAUGAACGCUGAAGAUGAUGCCAGGAAUGGCAAGCGCAAGGCAACGCCAGAGGAGAAGGAUCUGCAGCAACAAGACGCUCGACCAUCCUCCCACUCUGCUAUGGUCUUAGCGUCAGCGAAGGCGAAGGAGGUGGCCCUCUAAACCGAACGGGCACAGCCAGGCGAGACGAGGAGUAUCAUGAAAACUGGACACUGAAUGAAAACUUUUGAACAUAACCUUGCCGGUGCUUGGAUUUUGUUGCACGCACGACAAAUUGUAACUACAGUCAGCUGUCGAAUAACAAUGUCAAAUAUCAAUUGCUGGCCGAUAUCUUGGAAGUUUUAUUUGGGAGUGAAAGGAAAGGUGUACUCGCAGAUGAUGAUUCAUCAUCCAAAUAUGCGAGAAUGCGAGAUUGUUAGUAGCGUAAGUACGUUGGGAAACAGUUACCUUGGGGAA